AUGAAAUACUCAACAUCCUUUACAAGGCUCACAGCAGCAAUAAACCCUCACUUUCCAACUCCCGAACUAACCCCCCUUCUACCGCGCAACGAAACUCCUUCCGAAACUCACAUCAAUGUGCUUGCCCUAGCUAUAGGUAUCCCCAUCUCUCUUCUCUUUCUCCUCGGUUUACACGUCGCCUACCACUUCCUCUCUCGCUACUUCGAGACUCGUCAACAACGACUCUCGCAAGAAGGGCUCGAGAAAGAGAUGGCAAGUGCCGAGAAACGUAUCAAUCCAGUCUUUGCCGCUGCUGUUGAACGCGGCAAAGAACGAGCAGGUCUAGAUUCCGAACUACGCACCAUGGAAGAAGGUCGAGCCAAAGUUAUCUACCCGGCCAGAGAGCCCCGAACACUCGUCCCCGGAAAGAUACCCAAGAACCGGACCUCUUUCUUCGUGCCAAAGAAACCUGAACCGGAGCCGAAACCGUAUUGGCUUUCGGAAAGCUCUCCUGAAGAGGAGAUGAAUGGGAGACUCACUGCUCUGGGGCGUAAAGUUGAGGAGAUUGAGAUGGAAGAAGUCGUUCCUGUCCUAGCACGAAGCGGGGUUCAUACUGCUCAUGCUCCCCAGGACGCUCCUUCUGCUCGGAAAGACUCAUUGGAUGUAGCAGACUCGUCUGAACCUGAAUCCUCUCACCAAUCACAGGUACGAGCGACCGUUGAUAGUGGGGUUCACUCCUAUCGACCGGCUUCGCAUACGUCGUACCGUCCCGGUGUAGUCUCUGAGACGCCUUUGGGACGGAAUCCUAGGAGGGCAUUUUAA